CGGGUGGCCCGGCCACCCCAGCAGGCUUGGGCCGUGGUCUGCUACUCUGCUCGCCCUCUCGCCUCACUUCCACUCUCACCCACCACCGCCUUUCUCCUUCCCCCGCGCCGAUCACGCCACGGCGGCCACGCCAUAGGGCUAGGGUCGGAGAUCCGCUCGCCCGGUGAUCGAUUCGCACCUCCUCCUCUACCCGGAUUUGGAGGUUAGAGUAAUGAAAUAAAAUGCUGCUCAAAAGCAAGUUUAAGUUGGCCACAACCAUUGGCAUCGUGCUGUCGAUGCUAUCGCUGCUCGUGCACCUUUUUAUUGCUAAUUAUUCAGCUGGGGGCAUUACAAAUUACAGCAUGCACAUGGACGAUAUCCUUCCAUUUGGACUGAGGCCUCGACCACGGAGGCUGUGGGGUCCAUUGGUCCCACUCGAUCACUUGCAUCCUUUUGCGAAACCUAGCAAACCAUAUGCUGCUCCCAGUAAGCAUAAUGGUUUUAUUUAUGCAAAGAUAUAUGGUGGCUUUGAGAAGAUACAGUCUACAAUCUGUGACCUUGUUGCCGUUGCCAGGCUAUUAAAUGCCACUCUGGUUAUUCCUGAGAUACAAGCAACAACUCGUGCAAAAGGCAUAAGUCCGAAGUUCAAAAGCUUUUCAUAUAUAUACGAUGAAGAUCAUUUCAUACAUGCACUUUCCAGUGAUGUGGUUAUUGUGCAUGGCUUGCCAAAGGAUCUCAGAGAGGCUAGGAAAAAGAUAAAAUUUCCCACACUAUCUCCUAGGAAUUCUGCUACUCCAGAAUACUACAUCGAAGAAGUAUUACCCAGACUUGUAAAAUCGAAAGUUCUUGGGAUAAUUGUUAAUGGAGGUAAUUGUCUUCAGUCAAUUCUCCCUGCAAGCUUGGAGGAAUUUCAGAAGCUUAGAUGCAGGGUAGCCUUCCAUGCUCUAAGGUUGCGCCCUCAAAUUCAGGCUCUUGGGAGCCAAAUAGUAGGAAGAUUGCGAGCAUCUGGCCGUCCUUAUGUGGCCUAUCACCCAGGACUGCUUAGAGAUACUCUAGCUUUUUAUGGUUGCGCUGAACUGUUCCAGGAUAUUCAUACAGAGCUUAUUCAGUAUAGAAGGAAUCAGAUGAUUAAACGAGGAACAGUAAAGGAGCAGCUAGCAGUUGAUUCAGUGUCCAGGAAGAUGGCUGGUUUGUGUCCACUCAUGCCAGAAGAGGUUGGACUUCUACUUCAAGCAGUAGGUUACCCACCAACUACAAUAAUAUUCUUGGCCGGUUCUGAGACUUUUGGUGGACAAAGAAUGCUUAUUCCUCUACGAGCUAUGUUCGCUAACCUAGUAGACCGCACUUCAUUAUGUAGUCAGAGGGAGCUGUUUGAUUUAGUUGGGCCAGAAGAUCCUCGAACCCCAGAUUUGCCACAGCCUCCACCUCCCAAAAGUGAAAAACAACUUAUUGAAGAAUGGAGGAGAGCAGGGCCUCGUCCAAGGCCGCUGCCUCCACCUCCUGCAAGGCCAUUCUAUGCACAUGAGAAGGAAGGCUGGUAUGGUUGGAUUGGUGAGAAUGACACAGAACCGGAUGCUUCACUGAUCGAGUUCAGGAGGCAAGCACACCAGUUGCUCUGGGAUGCACUUGAUUAUUUUGUUUCUGUUGAAGCUGAUGCCUUCUUCCCCGGGUUUCACAAUGACGGUAGUGGUUGGCCAGACUACUCAAGUUUGGUCAUGGGGCACCGGUUGUACCAAACACCUUCCGGUAUAACCUACAGGCCGGACAGAAAGAUUAUUGCUGCACUGUUUGAAGAUGUUAAUGAUCAUCGGUAUCAUCCACCUCGGAAUUGGACAAUUGCUGCACGUGAGCACCUCAACAGGAGUGCAAAUGUGGAGGGCGUAGUGUCAUCAGCUAUGUUAUCAAGACCUGUAUCUUUUCUCGCCCACCCUUUGCCAGAGUGCUCUUGCAGCACAUCGAAGUCACCUGCUGUUGAACCGGUGAAAGAUAGCAAUGGCAGAUUCCUAUUUGGAGGUGAGGAAGAGUGUGCUGGUUGGAUGGCACGCAGCCCUGCGAUGGCGUCUGCCAGGAAUAAUGAACCUCAAAUUGAGGACUAUGAGGAUAAUUUGCCUGAAGAAGGCUCUAGUUCAGACAUGCAGGAAUCUGACAGAAGUGACUCGAAUAAAUCUUCGGAGCAAGAUGAGGAGAUGGAUCUGGAUGAUUAGAGAUAUGUGGAGCAUGGAUGUAUGGCACACCUUUCAACCGCUACCAGCUCCAGGUCCAGGCUACUCGAAGACAAGCAUACAUACGCUCAGAAUCUCCUGGACAGGUGGGAAUCAUCUUGCAUCGCGCAGCGACACAUCAGCAUCUGGAUUAGUCCCAGGAUCACAAUUCACAAGGUCAUCCAGCGUGGGAGCUUGCCUGGACCGUACUCGGUAUACAACAAGGCUUUAAUACGAAACUAACACUUUGUUCCCUUCUUCAUUCACGUGUCAUUUUUUGUGGGUACAGCCCUAAGAAACUGUUUAUGUACAAAUGUCUUAACUGGGAAUACAUCAUUUUUUUUGGGUGAGUUUGAUAUCUAAUGGCGACUAUGAGCUAAUGAGAUUGGCUUAUGGUGGACAGAUGUGCACCUGUAUACAGGACAACAUUGCAAUUGUUUGUGAGUUUUAUUGAUCGCCGAAGAGUGUGCUUACACGGAUGGAGUUGGUUCUUCUGCAUGACCUGUGCUAUGGAUCAGAAAAUCGUGGAGUGAACAGAAUGCAUCGCUGUUCAGUAUAUCGAACGCAGGAUUCCAAAGUUUGGACAUUUCAAGUAUGUUCUCUCAAAGUUUAAUACUGCUUUGACUUGGUAUUAUCAACAUGCCUGGCUCCUUGGACAUUUCAAUUGCUACAGCUAUGCUUAUGUUAUUCUGCUUAUUUUCCAGUGCUUGUAAUAACCAGUGGCAGAUCUUAAAAAGGAGGCCAUGUCUCCUCCCCAGUUUUAAAACACACAUCUUUGUCAAGCUCCGCCACUGCCUAUAACUGUUAAAUACAUCUCAAUAAUCAACAUUGGCCAUGAGACUUGACAAAUUGAGAUUCUUCUGUCUGCCAGGUAUGUGCCAUAAGACAGAUGAUACAGAGAGACUGAUUGUUAUAUUAGUAAACUGUGUAAUUUCGAGGGACAACACUAUAUUUUGUUGCAACUCAACUCUUAAAUUUGACACAUGUAUGUGACAAAUUAGAAAAUGUGAUGGAUGGUUGAUCAAGAAACAUUAUUUUACUUUUGUGUGUCAAA